AUGACGUCAUCGAGCCUUACGGAACCGCCUCCAAAGCAGGCGGCCACAGAACUGGUUUAUGCGGAGGUGGUAGUUUCUUUUGCUACAGCCAUUGGGCUGUUUGUUUUUACGGUGGUGCAACUUCUUUACCGCACAACACGACGCGCACGAAGAUUAUGGAGAGCUGAGAAUCAAAUUAGGUUUGAUGGAGCUCAUUUUUUGAGCAAACCAGAAGGAAAUGUUGGAAGAAAAAUUAUAGAGAUUGGCCUAAAAGAACAUGAAAACAAAGAGGUGAAACCGCCCUCCUUUGUACUACCUGCAGUUGUUGCCAAUGAUCGAGAUGUACGAGCGGAUUGUUUGUCUAUGCUUGCGGAAACGAGGCAAAUAUUCCGCAAACAAUAUGGUGAUUCGGCCUGCCUAAUGUCUAUGCGGUGUUGUUUAUCAUGUGUCGAAAAUGCGUUACCAUCCAGCCAGACGGAGGAUUUUUUGCGUCUUUAUGAAAAUGUUUUGUUUGGCCAACAUCGUGUUGAUGGAAUUUCUGAUAGUCUUACCAAUGAUGAUAUCAAAUUUUUGUAUGCUUUUUUUCAUAAUACAAUAUUGAAGGAAAUUCAAUAA